UAUCUAAUUAAUUUCUUGUAUCGACCUCUACUAUGCUGCACAAUCCUUGAAAUACCUAUCCAUUUUUAUGUCUCUUUGUUUGAUAUCUCCAAUAAUGGUGGGAGGAUUUUUUUUUCCUAUUUAUGGGCAGCAAGGGGCCUAAGCUUCUCUCUUUUCCCUCCUCUCUUCUUCUUUUCUUGUUCUAACUCUCUCCCUCUCAAAAGAAAACGUCUUUAAGGUCAAGAAAUGAUUGUUUGCAUCAAAGGCACAGACGAGGAUGAGAGGGAUGAAGCUACUGGUGCAGGCAGUAAUACUUUGGCUGAGGUGCUCGUGCCGAUGAACAUCUGUAAACAUGUAGUAAUUGUAAUGGAUGCGUUGAAGGAAUUCUCCCGACAACCUCUCCAAUGGGCACUUGAUCAUGUUAUUCAAACUCACUGUACUAUCACUCUCCUUGGUGUCAUGCCAUGGCUUCCUUUACCAUUAUCAUGCAAGACAUGGUUAGAUGUUUGGACGUUUGAUCAUGGAGAUUUGUCAGCACUGAAAUCCAGGAGUGAGUGGAAGAAUGAUCAUAAGUAUCAGAAGAUUCGGAGAAUAAUUGAGCAAUGCGAGCAAAAAGGGGUAGUCCCUUGCAUGAAAGUGGCAAUGGGGCACCCUCUGAAGCUAGUGAUUCUCGAGCAGACCACAAAUCUUCAUGCUACCUUGGUGGUUCUUGACAGGCAUCUGAGGAAAAACAAAGCAUUCUUUGCAGAAAGAUUACGAAGCAGCGUAGUGAUAAUGAGGAGUGAUGGAGAGGUUGACAUGCUCAAAAUACAGACAAACAUGGAUAAUUCCGGUUAUCUGAGUCCUACUACGCCAGAAUCUACGGCAACCAUAAUAUCUACACCUCAGAUUAUUAUAUCUGAAGCUUUGUCUCAACGACUGAAGUGAAUAAUGGAGAGUCGGAGUUAAUUACAAGUAGCAGAGUGAAUAUUUUGCUGCAAGGGAAUGCACAUAUUGUUUACAUUACUUAAAUUUUCUUUUGAAGCAAAA